AGAGAGUCAUGCACACGGAGAGAGAGAGAGAGAGAAGAAAGACAAAAGCGUAGAAGAAGAAGAAUAAGGAGGAGGAGCAGCCCCACUGAUUGUCUCUUCCGAUCUGUACACAACCCAUCCCAAUUUGGCAAUCGUCUCUCUCUCUCUCUCUCCGAUCGGUGGGUUGUCUCUCUCUCCGAUCUGUACACAACCCACCCCCAAGAACAGUAAGAUAGGGUGGGAUCUUAACUUCGAUUUCAAAAAACAUGCGGUGAAACCCAAUGCAAAUAUGACUGUGGUGCUGAGAGCAAUACUCUUUGACAAAUAUGUGAAGUAGACUAUUUGCAUAUCCAUUAUCUGGUCAAAAGAGCAAUGGAUAACUCCUUCAGAGAUCACUAUAUAUAUGCAUUCCUUACUCAUCCUAACCUAUAUGCUACAAUUCAUUGACAAAACUCAUCCGCCGGUGUCCAAUGGCUCCCAAAUAUCCCCUUUUCUCCCUCUUCUUUCUCCCUCUCCUAUCUCUCCACUUCCACUUCUCAACAGGACAAGCUUUUGUGAACUCUGUUUACUGGUUUCCCGACAGUGGUCUGGCAGCAUCAGAUAUAGACUCUACUUUGUUCACUCACAUAUUUUGUGCUUUUGCUGAUCUUGAUUCCAAUACAAAUCAAGUCACUAUUUCCUCCUCAAACAAUGCCCCAUUUUCUCAGUUCACCCAAACUGUCCAGCUUAAAAACCCUUCUGUCAAAACCCUCUUGUCCAUCGGCGGUGGCUCCGCCAACAAGACUGCCUUCGCUUCUAUGGCUAGCGAGUCGGCUUCUCGGAAAAGUUUCAUUGAUUCUUCCAUAAACUUGGCAAGGUCAUAUGGCUUCCAUGGCUUGGAUCUUGACUGGGAGUACCCACAGUCCACUUCAGAAAUGGCCAACUUGGGCGUCCUCCUCGACGAGUGGCGGGCCGCGGUGGCAACCGAGGCCCAAUCUGCCGGACAACCACUGUUGCUUUUAACCGCGGCCUUCUAUUACGCACCAAGCAUUAAUGGGCUGAACUAUCCAGUCCAGUCCAUAUCCAAUAGCUUGGACUGGAUCAACUUGAUGGCCUAUGACUUCUACGACCCUACAUGGGCCAAAGUGACCAACUCACAUGCAGCCCUGUACGACCCGUCGGGCCCAAUCAGCGGAAGUUACGGAGUCGAGUCUUGGAUCCAGGCCGGGAUGAGCUCAAAGAAGUUGGUCCUCGGAAUGCCGUUUUACGGGUACGCGUGGCGGCUUGCGGACGCGAACAACCACGGGCUUAUGGCACCGGCUGAUGGGCCAGUUGGAUCGGGCAACGGGGCGAUGCGCUAUGGGGAGAUCUUGGGGUUCAUAGCAGAAAACAAGGCCGCAACGGUGUACAAUGGCACAAUUGUUUCAAACUAUUGCUAUGCUGGGACAACUUGGAUAGGGUAUGAUGGCACCCAGAGUAUCUCUGCCAAGGUUUCAUAUGCUAAGCAGGAAGGGUUGCUUGGUUACUUUGCUUGGCAUGUUGCACAAGAUAACAAUUGGGAUCUCUCAAAACAAGCCAAACAAGCAUGGGGAGCAUGAAACUCAUGGGAAACAGAAAAUAUAAAACUAUACAAGGAUUAGCCGAAUAAAAGGGCUUAGGUAAAACCCUAAUUUAGCAAGCUGAUGAGCUACUUUGAAGAAUAAUGUGGUUGUAUUUUUUAAUGAUAAUAAUUAACAUUUAUGCGCUAACCAAUUUUUGUUGGCGCACUGUGAUCAAUCGUAAUGAUUUAAAUAAAAAAGAGAAGUGGCAGAUUUUUCACGCAUAAUUCUAUGUUUACCGACGAAGGGUUCAUCAUCAUGCACGAAGUCCAUGUUUGGAUUCCA